AUGUUUGUAGCGGCCAGCUUAAGCUUGCUGUUGCUUGCUAUUGGAAACAUUUCAGCAAACCAAUGUUCCCCGACGAAUUACGAAACAAUCAUAAAAGGAGGUCCAUCGUUGCCUGCGGAUGAAAUAAUAUCAAGACACAAUGUUACAUCUUCAGCUGUCAUGUUAGGAUGUCACACUCGCUGCAAAGACGAAAACAAAUGUGUUGGAUUCAACUACAGAACAACAAAAAAUGUUGAAAAUUGCCAACUGACAAACGUUACUAGAAAGAAAGAAGAAACGAAAACGGGAGAUUGGAUAUUGAUGCAAGAUAUUGAAGCGGCAAAGAAUGGAGUUAAAAAAGAAAAGAUUACCAACAAAUCCGAUGUUGACGAGUGUUUCCUGGGAACUCACAAAUGUCACUCAAACGCAACCUGCAAUAACACUAUUCGCUCUUACGAAUGUCACUGUCGCAGAGGAUUUUUAGGAAAUGGGAAAACAUGUUCAGAUGUUGACGAGUGUUCCCUGGGAACUCACAAAUGUCACUCAAACGCCACCUGCAAUAACACUAUUGGCUCCUACGAAUGUCACUGUCGCAGAGGAUUUUUAGGAAAUGGGAAAACAUGUUCAGGUUAUAUUGAAGUAUUAGUUCUCACUGCAAAUGUGAAAGUAUAUAACUGCACGCAACGUUUCCGCUGCGCUGAUUUGUAUGAAAAGGGAAAGAAUCAAAGCGGCAUUUAUGAAAUUAAUCCUGAUGGAAAGGGAAGUUUCAAAGUGUUUUGUGAUAUGACAACAUCAGGUGGAGGAUGGACUGUAUUUCAACGUCGUCUUGAUGGAAGUGUUGACUUCUACCGUGGAUGGCAAGAUUACAAACAAGGUUUUGGUAACUUGAGCGGAGAAUAUUGGCUUGGUCUUGACAAAAUACACAGGAUGACAAAUAUUUCACAAAAUGAACUUCGUAUCGACCUGGAAGAUACAUCUGGAAACACCACUUACGCUCAUUAUGAUUCAUUUAAAGUCAGCAGCGAAAGUGAGAAGUACAAGUUGAGUGUUGGAGGUUAUCAUGGUACGGCAGGAGACUCGUUCAAAAAACAUAACGGUAUGGCUUUCAGCACCAAAGAUUCUGACAAUGAUUUUGGCAAUAGUAACUGUGCAGUGAAAUUCAAAGGAGCCUGGUGGUAUCGUGAUUGUCAUGAUUCCAAUUUGAAUGGUCCUUACCGUUAUGGCGCACACUCAUCGCACGCUGAUGGAGUCAACUGGGAGCAUUGGAAAGGCAAUUAUUAUUCUCUGAUAACAUCAAUGAAGAUACGACCACGUGAAUUUGGAAAAAAGAAAUGAAGUUGUUGAACAAUAAAGAACUAAAAAGAAACAGGGGUGUAGUGCACUAACACGGAACUUGGUGCAUGGUUUUUAUAAAUAUUUAAAAUAUUGUAAUAUGUGACGUAUAUUUAGAUAGAGAUUCUAUAAGAGUAUUCAUUCAUACAGUUCAUUAGAAUCAGCUCAUUUUCAUGACAGCUAUAUCUCCGUUUGCCACAUUACAUGCAUAUAAAACAGAAUAUCUACGAAGGAAAUGGGAAUUUGGAAAAGGACACAGCUUUCAACAUUUAGUAUGAGCAAUGUUAAGAACAAAACAAAGACUUAUAUUCUGUCGAAAGUUGUCCCUCCUGUUAUGGUAUUUUCCUCAUUGCCUCAAUUUCUGCUGCUAAGAGAAGACUGUGAUUCUAUGCAUUGCUUUGUUGGCGAUUUUCAAUGCGGUAAUUUGCCUUUU